GCCGAGUUAUCCGGACUGAGAAGUCACUGUGCGCAAAGGGAAACAGAAAAGUUCCACAAGAGGACUCACUCUGGAUCUUUUCAGGAUAAUAAUGAACUAUACGACGCUUAUGUAUGCACAAGUUCAAAAUAAGGACUUUUGACUUCACUUUGGACCGGAGCCACGUUUUAAAAUUUACUGCAGUUCGCACAGACAUUCUACAAAUCUCGCUGCUCUACUGCGAUGUUUAAAAGAAACCAAGUCAUUUAGAAAGGUCUUUGUGUGAUGGCUGAUGUGACACUUCCAGGGUGAGCAGCUCCUGUUUUCAGUGCUGUGACGCCCUCUGCUGUGUGGCUGAGGGAGAUUCAGGACUGGGAAAGCAAGGAUGGAGAAUGUUAUUAAGGAGGGGAUGAACACUGUCAUCAUCAACCACUACAACCACUCGGGGAAGUUGGACCGACCUCGUAACGGGGGCGUCUGCAAGACGGUGUUGCUGCUAAUCAUCUGCAUGCUCAUCAUUCUGGAGAACAUAAUGGUUCUGCUCGCUAUCUGGAGGAACAAGCGCUUCCACAGCCGAAUGUACCUGCUCAUUGGAAACCUGGCGUUGUCUGACCUUCUGGCUGGUGUGGCCUAUGUGGUAAAUAUCUUCACCUCGGGGAGUAAGACCUUCUACCUGACGCCAGAGCAAUGGCUGGCUAGAGAAGGAAGCAUGUUUGUGGCCCUCAGCGCCUCCACCUGCAGUCUCCUGGCCAUUGGCAUUGAGAGGCACAUGACAAUGGUGCGUCUGCGGCCCAAUGAAACAACCGGACGAGGAAGACUCCUGGUAAUGCUGGCAGCAUGCUGGGUUGUGUCUGUGCUGCUCGGGGCCCUGCCCAGUCUGGGCUGGAACUGCCUGAACAAUCUGGAUUCCUGCUCCACAGUUCUGCCAUUGUACGCUGAAAGUUACAUUGCCUUCUGCAUUAGUGUUUUCAGCGCGCUGCUGGUUGCUAUUAUCAUUCUCUACAUAAGGAUUUACCGUCUGGUGACCUCCAGCGGCCGCAGGGUGAGCAGCCGGCCCUCAGACUGCUCUCUGGUCCUGCUGCGGACGGUUGUGAUUGUUCUUGGGGUGUUUGUCGUUUGCUGGACCCCCUUAUUCGUUCUGCUCCUGCUCGAUGUCGGUUGCAGCCCGCAAAGGUGCGAGGUCCUCUACCAGGUGGACUGGUUCAUCACCCUGGCCGUGCUCAACUCUGCCCUCAACCCUCUGAUAUACACUCUGUCCAGCAGGGAGAUGAGAGGAGCUUUCUAUAAUUUACUCUGCUGCUCUCAAACCAGCAUGGAGCCAUGUGGGUCUCCUGCACUGGGUAACCCUCCUCUGGGCACCAUUAUCCCCACAGUGGAAAACAGCAGGACCAGUUUGGGUGGAGGUGGAGGCAGUGGGACUUGCAAGUCCGCUCUAAAGAUUCCUGGACCAACAAACUCCGACAAUAAACAUGCGGAUCCUUCUCCCACUACAGUGCUUCACCCGCCUGGACCGGCGGACCUGCUCUCAGCUGUGCUUGUGAAGGCGGGGGCACUGCAGUCCCUCAGCAAGUUCUGAGUGGUGUCAUCUAAACAAAAUAGUCUAGUAUCAGACAUUACUUCACUACCAGCCACUUUUUGUUUGUUUACUAUUGCUCAUGUAGCUUAUGAAACUUAGUUCGAACGGAGAAAAUCACGACAGUUACUUCUGCUCAGACUACAAUAAAAAGCCCUAUAGGUCACUACUAACACAGAUGGUAAUAAAUAUCAAAAACCAAAACAGUGAACAAAAUAUAAGUUUGAUUUUCACAGUUAUUAAAGUUAAGUAACAUUUCUAACCAUCAGACUCAACAGGAAAGUGUCAUGCAUGCCAUGAUUCAACCUCUUCACCAUGCUUAUUGAACAGGCACAGUUCACAGCAGAGUUUACUCACCUUUCACAAUAUUUAUUCAUCAUCAUAAGCCAGCAGCAUUCAAAUGGUGGUACUUUUUACAUGUUGGAUAAACUGAUGGCGCUACAACAAGCCUGACUUAGCCUCUUAUCCCGGAUUUUGUAAUCCUACUUUUGUGAAGCAGCCCUCUGGAGGUCACUUUUCUGGAAGUUUCAUUAAACGAACUGGUUAUUUUCCCAGCUAAGUGAUACUUUAAGGUUACAUUAUGGAGAUCACCAGCAAGUUUUGAAAUUUGUUGAUUACUUCUUUUAGGUAUUUUUACCUAACUUACACUUUUUCUACUUUACUAGUUAUCUAGCUAUUAGGUACUUUCCAGGAAAGGUUUCUGGCAUGCUCUGGAAAGUAAUAUCUACGUUCCUGGUAAGUACUUUAGAGGUUUUGGGGAAAGUGUCCAGUAUGUUCCUUUAAAAUUCCCUUGAAUUACCUGGCAAGGUUCUGGAAAGUUUCAGAAAGUAAAUGGUAAGUUCAUUGAAUGUAAGAGCUGUAUUAUGUAGUUCUACCAACCAUUAUGGUACUUGGAGCUUAUUUUACUUUUUACCUUUAUUAUAGUAAUUUGUUGUGCACUAUGGGCGAGAAAAGUAUUGCCAGACCAGCAGCUUCAUGAGGCUGUGACGAGUUUUCCAUACAUAAAAUAUGUGGAUAAAAAUGUUUUAGAUUCCUGAUUUAUUUUCAGGGGGAACUUGAGGAUCUUUAAUGCUUACCUUGUCACCAGAUGUGUGUACUCCUCCUGCAGUCUGCAAGCAAGAUUUGCAUAACCACAUCUAAAGAUACUUGCUUCUCACCAACACACGCAGAAACCACUUAUAUAUAUAUAUAUAUAUAUCACUUAACCACUUGUGAAUAAGAAUGUUGGAUGUGAAUUAUUUAAUGAUAGUAGACUAUUGUGGUUGAUGUACAGUAGUGUCCGAUAAGGCAAUAGAAAAAAUAAAAUUCUAUUCUCUUUUAUCAGGUUGAUCUUUUGUACAUUUUGCACUCAUAAUCUGUUUGUGCUCUUCUUAGCAAGUUGCCCACACCUUUUUGUUGCCAUGUUUCUGGAUAUUUUACAAUUUGACCUCUUUUCUCAUCGGAGUUUGGUAGAAAUUAUUUUUAACUGCAUGGUUUCCUAACAUUGAUUCAAACUUAAAGUGUUCAUUUAUGAAGCUGAAGGUGGCAGUAACAGCACAAACACCAGCUUCUUCGGCCAACUCUUUCCUCUUCCUUCGUUUGGUCCUCCUCAUCUUCAUUACCUCUUGUGAUUUCUAAAAUUUCAAAGCGCUCCGGUUCAAUUUGAAAAGGCUCAAAGACAAAAGUAAAAUGUUUAAAUCCUGAAAAGCCUACAGUAUUAUUGCUGUAUGCUUUUACAUCUAAAAUAAUUAUUUCUCAAAUAAAGUUUAUUGUUAUAACUAAUCGUGGAUUUAAUCAAGCGGAGGUCUGGGCUUUGAGAAUCUCAGUUUAGUCUUAUCCUGUUUUCCAUUCUCAGACGAGUUGUGUGCAAGUUUCUGAUUAUUACUUUGUUGAAACAACCUGUUGUGUUUUCGCUCUGUUGAGUUAAGGUUGAAUUUGGAGGUAAGCGCCCUUUAUUUUUUCACCCACUUUGUGCGAUCUAUCAGUACCACUGGCAGCACCAUGAUGUUACCACCAACAUGCCGCAGUUACAAAGUCUAACCCUGACAGUUUUGGCUGAAACUUUGACAUCAAAGUUCUCCAGUUAGAUGUCAACUGGACAAAGUGUGUCCAGUUAGCACACUUUGUCCAGUGUGCUAACUGGACAAAACAAAUAAACUAUUGCACUGGUUUUGAAAGCAAGCAAACAUUAAUUUCUGGAAUGGUUUCAAUCUUAAAACUAUUGAGAAUUUGCAAACUGUGUUUAAAAGUUAGGGCCCUCUAUGGAAAUCUUUCCGUUUAAAUGAACUGUAACAAAAAGCUUUUCGACAUUCUGCAACUUAUCAAAAGGCAUUUUAACCACAGUUUGGUGGCGGUAUAUGUUUAUAUUUAAAUUCUAGCCUUUUUUUUUUUUAAUUUUUACCCUUCAGAAGUUAGAGAAAACCCAAUGUCUAAAGUUAUGCACCAGUUCUUUUUUUAAAAAUUGAAGUCGUUAGUUGUUUAGUCCUUUCACCCAGGAAAUAAAAGUGUUUUAAAUUCAAAGUCCAAAAUGAAUUUGCAAGUAAACUUCUCACUGGAGCUGCAGAUGUUAGCUCAUACUAAUCCACCUUAUGAAAACUUAGACAAAACAUCAGUCAUGUAUAUUAUUAUAGAAAUUAUUCAGCUUUAUUAAUUGCUUCCCAGAAGGAGGAGAAAAAAGAAAACUCAUUAGAUCUAACCUUCUGCACUCCUUUAUGAAACAUCCUAAUGUAAAACUGAUUGAUGCUCUCAUAUUGCCUUUCAUUGCCGGACCGGGGUCAGACAGGAAUGAAUAAUGCAGAGAAAUUCCUGAUAUUAUUACUGGCAGUUUCCAGACGGCCAGGCCACUUAUUAAUUAGUCAUGAAAGCAAUAUUUCAUGAAACCACCUCGAAGGAAAUAUGUCCUGUCAUCGAUUAAAUUCAUUUGAGCUCAUUCACAGGUUAAAUGAUUCAGUGAUGUGAAAGAAUUUUUUAAAAGGGCAUCACAUCAAAAAAACCAUUGAAAGAUUCAGUUUUCUUCUUUCACUAAAAUUCAGCAAAAAAAUAACAAAAAACAAAACAUCCAGCUUCACCGAAGAUUGGAUUAAACUGAACUGUUCGGAGAGCUGAUUAGGAAAGAGUCUGCUGCACACAGGGCGAUGUGCUGCGAAGAUCAGACAGAGCUGACAGACUGGCAUUUCACACUCACCUCCACUAAAGGAUGUGUCUCGGCUCUGCACCUCCAGUACUGAUGAAAAACGACAGCGAGGAUGCAACACCAGCAGAGCAUUUCCAGCUUAAAGGUCACUGACUUCUUCCUGUCAGAAAUAUUUGAACACUCUUUCCCGAAUCAACCAGGGAGGACGGCGGCCCCAUCAUGUCACGCAGAGCAUUUGAAAAUGCCAAAAUGCUGAACAGCGUCGAUUCGUGGCCAUUAAAUCCAUCAUUUCCAGUUUUCUUCUUUAUUAGUUUUUUUCUUGACACUGAACUCUUUAUUAAUAACUGUGAUUUUUUUUUUAACAAUAUAAGACAAAUGUAUAAAUUUCAGGAUUAGGUGUUGUUGUUAGUGAAUUUUUUUUUAAAGCAAAUCCAUCACAAAAAACACAAAACAUGGAUUUUAAGUUUUAUCUUUUCUUGAAAAAAAAUAUCUUUACAUAGAUGGCAUCAGGAAACAUCCACUCCUGCAUCCAUGAAUCAUCCAUGAUCAGGUUCUGGGGGUAACUGGAGAAUCCCAAACAUCCCUCUCCUCUCAAAACACUCUCCAGAUCAUUCUUAGGUAAUCUCUCAGAGGUAAAUAAAUUCUUGAACAACCAAUAAAAAUUAGGAAGAUGUUAAUUCAGCAAAGAGCAAAACCACGACAGACAAUUUUGACAAUUAUGCUUGCUAUGAACUUACACCUCAUAGUAGUUAGCAGGAAAACACGGAGAGAAUCCAUGCAUGACCAGAGAGAUCAUGCAAAUUUUGCUAUUUGAAAGCAGUACACUAGUACAGUGAAAGUGGAAGAGCAUUAUUUAUGGUUCUUUUGGUCAUUGGUGCACUUUAAAUCGCCAUUGGUUAGUUUGUUGUGUUAAAUUUUUAGCUCCCAUGUUUCUGCUAUAAUGUGUUAAUGAUAAUGUUCUCUGGUGCUUCUAUUUUCAUUUUCCUGAUUUAUCUCCUAUUUCCAGUGAUGUCAUGAGGGUGCCUCCUACUUGCUUUACUUUUGUAGUUUUAUUUUUUGUCUUGGUAUUCAAAAUUGAAUCAAAUUCUAAAUGUCCGCUGAGUUAAGGUCUGGGACCUGAGGAGUCACAGCUUGUGACUUAUCAGCAUAAAAGAGAUCAUCUCUGUCAUCCAUGUUUUAUCUUUGUAUCACACAGGAAAAUGCCAUCUGGAAAAUGUCUUACAUAUCUUUCCAAUAAAACAAGCAUAUGAUUCCUCUUAUUAUAGUGAAUGACCUAAAGACAAAAACUGAAAAUACAUAGUACACAUAUUUUUUUUAUAGAACAAUUCUUUGACAUUGAUGUUUAUUCUGUUAUAGUUUAAAAUUCAAAUUUAUCCAAGACCUGUGGUGAACUUUGUGCUGAAUGUUUGUAAAGAUAAAGGCAUGAAUUCAAAGUCAAACAUGAAAGGAAUUGUUCAUUAAACCUAAAUGUUAUAGUUUGAUUUUUGUAUCCUAUAAUAAUUUUUGUUUUCUAAAUCAGACAGUUUGUUUCAUUUCAUAAGUAGAAAAAUGUUGGUUCUCUGUAUCUUAUCAACCCUGCCAGUCUAUUCUCAUAAUUAUUGCUUUCCGGUGAAAGGUUUGUAAACUACUGUAAAUUUUAAUCCCUUAUUUCAUUUAUGCUGUCUUGGAUCAGUCCUCUUUACAGAAGCUCUCUAAAUCCUUCAGGUUGCUUAUCUGGUACUUGGCAAUUCAGAGCUUCAGCUCCAUCCACAGACCUAUAAAUGUGUCUUCACGAUUACGAUUCCUCGUGGAAUAGCCUGUUUACCUGGACUAAUCCCUGAACUUUCUCAUGAUCAUCUUCACACUAUGAGGGAUUUUCUUUCAUGGAGCUCCAGACCAAAGGGGUAAUGUAGGUCAAUUUAUGCAUUUGUAAUUUUUGAAUCAUCACACUAACAUUUGUCACAGAGUGUCUUGUUUGUGAUCUUGGGGUUUUUUUCCCCAUAUUUCCUCUCUGUGAACUUUUUGUUCUUUUCCAUAAUGACUGAGAAGUCAUAGUGGGACAUUUCUGUCUGUGGACAGAUGUGUUUUAUAAAUGCAAUAAAUUAAGGUCCAGA